AUGGUUAAAUCUAUUCGUUAUUCCUCUUUUAUGCUUAAUCGUUUCCGUUUAAUGGAAAGAAUAAUGAAGGAAAUACGUCUUUCUGAAGAGAGGACGGGGAAAAGGCAAAGUGCAAUCCUUUUACUUGAUUUGGAUGGAAUGUAUUUUCAUACUGGUCUUAUAAGUUUUAUUACAGGUGUUUUAAGUUUGUAA